CUGCCUUCAAAAAUCCCUCCUUUUUUUUCUUCUUAUGUACUAUUUUAUCAGUCUAUCACCACCAUAUCUCAUUUCUGCACCACCAUAAAAACCCUAGCCUUCGAAGUCCAAAUCUCAUCUCAAUACUCCCAAAAAUGGUGAAAAAGAAAGUUACCCAUCGGCCCAAUGACCCCAAACAACGAAACCCGCCUCAGGAAAUCCAUGAUACUGCCAAAGAUUCAACCUUUUCUAAAGCUUCCAACCCUUUGAGCCGCCAAUCUUCCAUGGAAGAUCCUAAGGAGAAGAUCCAAAAUCUAAAGUCUCUUAACUCUUUGCUUGUCAAGGAAGCCUUUGAGAGUAGGCAACAGAUUGACUCCUUGGUUCAAGCCAAGGAAGCUCUUGAGGUUGAGUUGAUUGAAAGGAAGAAACUUGAAGCUGAGGAGAGUGAGAAAAAUGUGAGCUUUGAGCUGCAGAAUGGGUUGGUUUCUGUUUAUAUGGUGAACCAAAUGAAGGAACUUGGUGUUGAGAGGGAAACGGUGAUUGGGGCAUUGAAAAAUAAGGUGAGUGGACUAAUGGGUAGUCUUGAAAAGGAGAGGAAAAUGUUGAGUUUGGUUUGUGAAGAGAGAGAUUUGGUAAGGAAUGAUUUUGAGCUGCAGGUUAAUGAGGGUAAGUUGAUGAAAGAGAAACUGACGGAAAUGGAGGGGAAUGAGAGGAAAUUUGUGGAAGAAAUUGGGAAACUUAAAGUGGAAUAUGAUAGGUUGGUUUGGGAGAAAGAGGAGUUGGAGAAAGUGAAGAGUUCAAUGGUGAAAGAUAGAAAUUUAUUGGAGAAAAACAUGAAGGAUAUGGCUGGGAAAGUUGAGCAUUUGAGAAGGGAGAAUGGAAAGGUUGUGAGAGAGAAGAAAGAGAUUGAGAUUGAGAAAAAUGAGCAAAGAGUGAAGAUUGAUGAGAUGGAAAAGGAAAUGAGUGAAGUUAUAUUGAGUUUGAGGAAGGAAGAUGGGGUUUUGAGGUCUAAAAUUUUUGAGUUGGAAAAGAACUGUGGGGAAGCAAUGGAUAGGGAGGCAGAAAGGGCGAUUGAGAUCGGUGCAUUGGUGGAAGAAAAGAGAGCAAAAGAAAGGAGUAUUGAGAGACUAAUGGAGGAAAAGGAUUUUAUGUCAAGAUCAUUGGAGGCAAUAAUGGUGGAGUCAGAGGAUAGGCAGAGAAGAAUUGAGAAGUUAUUGGAGGAAAGUGAUGCAAAUAGAAGAGUGUUGGAAAUGAAUGAGAAGGAAUUAAGGGAUAUGCGUAAGAAAAUCAAGGAAUUGCUUGGAGAUAAAACGGAGAUCGAGAAGGCCAAAAUCCAUGGCGAGAACGAAAACAUCAAGUUGCACAAUGAAGUAAGUGAGCUGAGGAAUAUUGUGCAUAGGCUGCAAGAAGAAUGCUUGGAUCAUCAAAAGAAGAAGGAUGAAUUGGUUUCUGAAGUUAGCCGGUUUAAAGCUUUAGUUGAUCAAGUAACACUUGAGAGGGACAAUGCUUUGAAAGGAUUCGAUAAGGAGAAGCAUAAUGGUGUUAGCUUGAGAUCAAAAGUUUCGGAAAUGGAGAAUAUGCUCAAGAAAACUGAGGAAGAGCUAGCGCGGAAGAGGACCGAAUGGCAGAACCUAAUCGAGGAAAAGAAAGAGAUGGGGAGUCACAUUGGAUCACUGGCUGAAGAUAAAGAUAGGUUGCAUUUGGAACUUUUGGAGAGAAAGAGAAGUUUCAAUGAUUUGAGAGCUAAAAUGGAAUCCACAACUAUUAAUUAUGAGCGAGCAUUGACUCUGUUGAAGACCACUGCUUCACUGUUAUGUCAAUCUAAAGAUGAAAAAUCGCCAGAAGAAGCUGCUAUUGCUGAACAGAAACUCGAAGAUGAAAUCGAACUAUAUGCAAUGGAAUUGGAAGCAAUCAAAAAGGCAUUUAAGAACAAAGAGACAGUGGCUCAAGACUUGAAGCAGAAAGUUGAGUUAAUGGAGAAAUCCAUGGUGGAAGCACAAAAGAAAAAGAGUUUCUGGACUUUGGUGUCGUCGGCAACAACUCUUUUGGCUGCAAUUACAGUUGCAUAUGCUGCAAGAGGACGUUGAACGGUUUGGUUUGGUAGUUAACUUAGUUUUACAGUCUUUUCCCCCUUUACUUUUAGGAUUAACUGAGAAAACUCUAAUGUGACGACAUAGUAUGUUGUCUAGUUUUGAACCUUAGCUCAGUGAUAAAUAAUAGGUUCUUGAAUAAGUCAAGAAUCAUAACCUCAAAAGGAUACUUUUUUAACUGCUUUAUGAUCAUAAUAUCUAUAUGUUGAUGCUUCAUGUUUAGGUA